AUGUUUCCGCAGGUCGAGUACCUAUUUGCAGUCGUCUUGUUCUCGGCGUCAAAGACAACUGAAGGAGCCGAAAAUGGCGUUUUCUUUCAAAUCAAAGAAAACACGUUUUUCAGCUACAGAGAAGAAAGCCUCUUUUGGUCUGGAGAAACUGAUUCUUUGCUUUCCUGUUCGGUUUUGUGUGCGAGACAAGCUUCGUGCAGAAGUGCAAACUUUCUGGAAAACCCAGGACUUUGUUACCUUCUUGGCGGCGAAAUGCAAACAAGUUCAGCAAGUGAGCGGCUAUUAAAGCGAGAUGGCUCUUUCUAUCUAACAAAGGUAUUUGGCAUUGAUGACAUGCCAUGUUUUUUUGGUGACACCUUCCGAUAAUGUACACUUUAUCACGAACAAGUUCGUACAAGCAGAAAAAACUAGAAUUGUAGCGUUAAAAUAAAAGGACAAAUUUUGUCAUGACAAAUUUUUGUUUCGUCUGCUACAUCCGCACUAAAAAUUUUAAAGCCGGCAAAUUCCGUCAGCAGCUGAUCUAUUCAUAAGACCAGCCAGCAUAGUUUGCCAAGGGGUUUCACCCCCAAUCUGCGCUUGUAAAAUGUUCAUGAUGAUUGAAAAUUUGCCAAAAUAAACAAUUUUUUCGCUAGUGCGGAAUGGCCUUAAUCCUCUUUCCUAGCUGCAGUAUGGAGAUUUUUUGACAACGAUAAGGAUAACUACGACGAUCAUUUCAUAAAACAAGAACACCGCAAACUUUUUGACUUAGCUCAUCAGAUCUACGUAAGAGACUUGGUCGGAAGUUUAAAGUAAUUUGCGCUUUAGCAGGAAAAAAGCUGAAACAUGAGAGGACAUUUGUGGAGGGACGCGAAUGAAUUGAGAUGAGACCUUAUAAGAAAUGUUAAGACGACAAGACCCACAGAAGCUCGUCUUAGCAUCAAGAUCAUAAUUUAAAACUUUAUGAAACGUUCAGUUUUAAGCAGAAGCCACUUACAACUGAAAUAAGACCACAGUCGCCCGGUCAACCUUCAACAAUUUCGUACAUAUGCGCAUGACACAAAGUACGGAUACUAACUAUAAAUGUCUUGUUUAACUCCAAUUCAGGUCCACCUUGCAGAAAGAGCUGAUUCACCCCGAGGUGAGAGUUACGAAUUCAGUAUUAUUAACGUAAGUAACCCGAGCGCUAAUGUAAAUUACUACCCAUAGCUAUUGGAUAAAUCUUGAUGCACCAAGAUAAACUUGGAUCUUUUAUAAUUUUCAAUUUCUUCAUUUCCACCACGUUUUGGUGUCCUCCAUGUUCUUCCCCUCUUCCAUUAUCCUUCCUGGCCUAUUGCUGCCAAUUUUAGUUGUUGUUUUUUGCACUGAAUACUUUUUCCUUAAUUUCUAUCGUCAUUAAAAUAAAACACAAAAAUUGGGACACUUAUACAACUACUUAGAAAGGUUUCGAAUGUCCUAGUGGUCGUACGUUCACCUAUUUGAUCAUUUAUUUACGAGGUUAAUAUUGAGGAAAUGAUUGAGUUUGAAUCCUAAUUGUGUGAGACAGCUCAACGGAAUUAAAAAAAAAAAAAAUAGGAAAGAAAAAAUCCAAGUUAGAACGCAUGCCAAGAAACAUUGGGCCGGUGUUUAAGUCUAGAUCCUUUUAACUUGCUCAGUAACAUAAUAUUGGUUCUUGUUUGAUGCUCGUGACUGAAUUUAGGUCGCCAGCUCUAUUUUCCCUUACAUGGCUUUAGCACACGCAAAAGAUACUUUACUAGACUCACUUUCAAUUUUCAACUUUAUGGCUAUAGAGCAAAACACUUCUCUACCCGCUGGUUCUAACCAGCACUCAGCUGUAACCUCGUGCCAGACUCUCCUCAAACAGUCUCCCGCAACGUCCACUGGUGUUUAUUGGAUCGAUCCUGAUGGAGGAUCCAAGGCCAACGCUUUCAAGGCUUACUGUGACAUGGAUACGAAUGGAGGGGGCUGGACAUUAGUAUGGAGCUAUUCCUUUACUAACUACACUCAUUUUAACGAUGAUUCGAAUGCGAUUACUCCAAGGCCAAACUGGCCGGUCAUAAUUAAAGGAAAUGUUCCAAUCUCCACGAUUUCUCCAUUAAAUGACACAGACUACAAUGCCAUGAACUUCUCACUCUGGAAAACACUCGGUAGACAGAUCCUCAUCAAGAGCAACAUAAACAACUGGCUGGUGUGUCAACCGGUAACUGGCAGCCUGGUUGAUUGGCAGAAAGGUGACAUCAACUGUACAAUCACAAAUUACGUGGCUGACCGUGGAGAAUCAGCUUCGGCGCCUUCCAAGUUUUCACCAAAUAUCAACUAUGGACCAAUGUUCCAUUCGAAAGGGCGCUGGAACAGCUCCUUUUAUUAUUUUAAUAGUUACACGGGCAAAUAUUGGCCUACCCAUGAUCCUAGUGGAAAAAAUAGGCCAAACCAAAAGAAAAAUGUUCUUGAUCCACACGGUAACAUUUUUAUUCGAGCCGAGUAGCAAAGGCAGACAAUGAGAAAUCUUUACGCACGUAUCUUCUAGAGCUGGUUAAUUUAUCUGCACAAAAUCAUUACAUUACCUAGAAAAAGUGUGACGAGAAUCAUCUAGAGGACCUUGAGGGUAUUAAACUGAUAGAACUCUAAAUUCUUCUAUCGUAAUUACUGAGAAAACCCCAUCGGAAGAGAGAAUUUCGGAUCAGAUCUUGGAGGCUGAAGGUGUAAGCUUGGUUCACUCUCGUAAGUUGACAACAAGCAAGACACCAGUUACGCUCAUCAUGCGAGAUCGGGAGAUUAUCUUUCAGAAUGUUUUUUUUCCAAUGGAAUUUUAGGUAAUUCAAAUCACUUCGCGAAACUUUGACUUGAUUAGGUGCUAGUUUCUUCUUUAUUGUUGUACAACAAAAUUUAAGCUCUCAAUGUUUUUAAUCAUGACUACUUUUACCGCUGAUGUUUACAAAACUCGUACCAACCACUGAACCAGAUAGUGCAAUCAGCUAGAGCAAUUUUUAGAAUAAAAUGAAUAAAUAAGAUUCAUUUAAGGAAGCCUGGAUCAAUUACCCCAUUAAAUAAUUGUCGCCACAGUUUUUUUUCAUAUUUCUAUGGAAAGGCCAGGAGUAAUGAGUGAUGAGUAACGAGUUGAGUAAUGAGCAUUAAUUGAUAGUAAAAACAUAUAACGAAGUUUGAAAAUGUUAUUCUGCGUGGAAACUUAGUUUGUCUUUUAGGCUAAUUACCUUCGAAAUGCUAAUAAAAACAACUUGUAUUCCAUGUUAAGACCAUAGUGCGGUACGUUUUUCUUGAUGAUGAAAAUGCUUUUCAAAGUGAAAAGGCUGACUCUAUAUUGACUUGCGCUCGAAUGUAUAGGAGAGAAGCUGCUUGUAAAGAAGCAAAUUUUUUGGCGAGCAAAACCACCCAUUCGCUUUUUGACGAAGGACAACAGGCAAGGAAGGUGGAAAUAUUUGUAAAACGGGACAGUUCUUUCUAUAUAGAAAAGGUAUUUCUAGAAUUUUGUAGAUUUUACAGAUUAAUGUAAGUUGUGUUACCAUUUCUUUCUUUACUCCGUGCGAUUACAAAGGAGUGGAGUGAGAGCCGGGUGUUUUGGGUAGUUUUAUGCAAUGGCAAUUUUUAGUACAACUUGUUCAUGUUUCAAUUUAGUUUUCACUGUCCUUUUCAUUAAGUAGGAAAUAAAAUUUUUCUCAUGUCCGUGAUGUCACACAGCCACUGUAACCUGAUCGAUAAAAGAUCCUUAAAAGAUAGGAGUCGGCAUGUUUUAUCGAGUCCGUUUUGUAAUUAUGUUUAUUUUACAUUUGUAUCAAUACAUUUUCAAGUCUCGGUUGCCUCAAAAAAUACUUCUCUUUUCAUGUUGUACCCGUCUACUCUGAUUACUUAAAAUGACUGUGGGACAAUUUUCUAACUAUUGACUAAAACAUUAGACGAGAGAACGGCAGAAAAGGAAAGGUGAUAAAAUUUAAGUUUAAAAAUGAAUAUCUUUAAGACCAAAAACCCCUUCCCUCAGCUUUUACAGUCAUUAAAACAGAAAACUCAAAUCUUAAGUUGAUGAGGAUCAGGUAAUCAGGGCAAACAUUUUGAAAAAGUGAUCACAGACAAGACUUCUUUUUGUUCGUCUUUUUAAUCGAAAUGAAUACCUACUUUUUUCAAAUAAAUGUACAAAUUUAAGUGUAGCUUGCAAACUAUAAAUAUGAGUGAAAGUUUCUUACUCAAGCGAAAGCCUGUCUAAUUUUGGCUCACUUAAUAGGUUACCCUUCAAAGAGUCUCUAGUCCACAAGGUAUGUGAUUUUUUUUACGGCAAAUUUGUCCUUACACAAAGCUCAGUUCAUGGUGGCUCACACUGGAUUUCGUCAUUUUUAAGUCAGCAACUCCUCAAAUGAAUGAUACUGCCACACCUUUUGGCGUGCACGGUAGAAUGGGUUUUAAAAAAAUACCUAUUCCGUCUCUAAAUGUCACAUUUAACACAACAGCCCUACAAAAACAACUCUUUUUUUAGGUUUAUGUGUCUGUAACUUAAAGCAGAGAUCGAUAACCAUAUUGUUUGAUCAUAGGAAAGAACACGCCAGCACCCCGUGGAUUAACCCAGCAUUCAGCAGUCCCAUCGUGCAAGACUCUCCUCGACCAAUCUCUCCCUCCCUCCACAGGUAUUUAUUGGAUUAAUCCUGAUGGUGUGUCUCAGUCCAACGCUUUCAAGGUUUAUUGUGACAUGGAAGACCAGUGGUGGAAGUUGGACUCUAGUAUUGAGUUAUUCCUUUACUAAAUACAGCCACUUUCGUGAACGCUCAAAUGCGAUCACUCCAAGAACAAACUGGCCUGUUUGGUUUUAUAUGUAUAUGCAUGUUCCUGUCUCCGCAACCCCUUCAUUAAAUGAAACAGACUACAACGCCGUGAACUUCUCACUCAGGAAAAACUCGGCAGACAGAUCCUCAUCAAGAGCAACAUAAACAACUGGCUGGUGUGUGAUCCGAGAAAUGGCAGCGUGGUAGAUUGGCAGGAAGGUGAUAUCAACUGUUCGAUCAUCAAACACGUGAUUGGCCCAAGUCACGAGUUUGUCCCAUCAAGGUUUUCACCGAAUCAAAACAAUAGCUAUGGGCCGCUGCCUUGCAUGACCAAACGCUAUAACAGCACUAACUAUUAUUUUGAUGGUCACACUGAAAACCAUAGGCCUACCCAUGAUCCUCUUGGAGGAAAUAGUCCUAACCAAAAGAAAAAUGUUGCAAAUCCACAUGGUAACAUUUUCAUUCGAGUCGAGUAG